AUUUCAAAGGAAUUCCGUAAUCUGGCCAUGGUGUACCAGGAUGUGAUUGCAAACAUCUGCCACAAGAUGGGAGUGGGAAUGGCACAGUUCCUGGAGAAAAAAGUAAAUUCCCUGAAGGAUUGGGACACGUAUUGUCACUAUGUGGCAGGUCUGGUGGGAAUCGGCCUCUCUCGCCUUUUCUCAGCUUCCGAGCUGGAGGACCAGGUUGUAGGUCAAGACACAGCGCUCGCCAACUCCAUGGGGCUGUUUCUGCAGAAAACAAACAUCAUCCGAGACUACCUGGAGGACCAGCGAGAGGGUCGGGAGUUCUGGCCCAGAGAGGUGUGGAGUAAGUACGCAGAGACAUUGUCAGAUCUGGCCAGCCCUGCAAACCUCCAGACUGCCCUGCAGUGUAUGAACGAUCUGAUCACCGGUGCACUGCAGCACGUUCCUGAUGUCCUCAAAUACCUCUCACGCCUCCACAACCAGAGUGUCUUCAACUUCUGUGCCAUCCCACAGGUGAUGGCUAUUGCCACUCUGGCUGCCUGUUACAAUAACCCACAUGUGUUCCGAGGUGUGGUGAAGAUCAGGAAAGGCCAGGCUGUUACUCUGAUGAUGGGGGCGACCAAUAUCGAUGCUGUCAAAAGGAUCAUGUUCCAGUAUUCCCGAGCAAUUGGACAGAAGGUACCCAGUACUGAUGUCUCGGCGGCUAGAACACAGCAAAUCUUGAGCAGGAUCCAGACUCUGAGCGAGGCUGAAGGUCGACUCCUCUCACGCAGCCACCUGGCGCCCAUCUACGUCUCCUUCGCCAUGUUUUUUGCCGCUGUCAGCUGGCAGUACUGGCGGAUGCUGUCCCAGGAGCAGGACAAGUAUGUGCCGAGACAAUGAUACUGAAUUUAGCUGUCCCUCCAUUCUGUUUAGAGAUUGUUUUAGUAUAUUUUAUAACUGACGCAAGCAGCAGAGGUCACAAGGGAACGCCGACAGAGCCAAUCCAUUCCCCGUGCUUGUGGGGAAUCGCCACAUUGUGGAUGUAAGUGUGACUCCAGAGAUGAGACCAACAUGUGCUGCCUUGUCACCAUGAAGGACUGGGAGCGCUGCCUGAGGAUGGGUUGGUGAUGUAUGUGUGUGUGAAGCGCUGAAACUCAGAGAUUAAUAAACUCCUAGUGUAAUAAUAAUAACAACUGA